AUGAGGUUUUAUGUCUUGUGGUUAACAUUAGCUUUCUAUUUCGAUGUUAACCCCAAUCAGGGAGGCAAAGUUGACUGCCACUCUGACGCCCUGUCCGCGACUGUGACUACGCCUGUGGUGUCGGAACAGCGAAAUGAUUCCACCACGUCGGCGGCAAUCGCCAGUGUACUCGUAGAACCCACGACAACUACGAGCGCGCCUCUGAAGAAGACCCAAUUUCUGGACGCAGCAAAGGAUUUCAUUGCUAAGAGCAUGGCUAGCUCUGGAGGCGGAUUUGCUCGAAAGCUACUGCAGGCCGACAUAUCGAGCGAGUGCAGCAUCGGCAUCUUGAAAUUCAUGAGAGCGGUGAAGGACCUAGAACCAUGGGCCUUGAGAUUGCUUGAUUCAUCGGCGAAGAUUCCGAUUGGCGUGUUCCAAGGGACGAUCCUCGAACUGGGUGCGUUCGACGAGUGCAUUGAAACAGUGGUUCACAAUGACGACGGAACGGAACGAGUCCGGGCCCAGUACUGCAACCUGUACGUGAAAUCGGGAGGCGACUUCUCUCUGAUUGACGACCUAAUGCCGGCGUUCACCAUGUUCCACAAGAGGGUCUCAAACUUCACGGGCUACCUGGCGGACGAACGACUCCCCGGCUUUCGUCUCGGUAUAUGCGUCAUCAACGACUGUGCAGAGCGCGACCUUCAAGAGCUUCUGAAUACUUUUGUAGGAGGGGUAGCCAAGGUGACGAUAAGAAAUUGCGUCACCAACCAACCCGAGGACAUUAACACUACGCAAAUCUGGAUACUAGCUGUGUUGGCGACUAUUGCUGCCGCAGUCAUAGCGGGCACAGCCUUUGACGUCUUCGUUCCCAGCAAGAUACGAGAACGAUGCGACUGUUUGGUGAAAUGUGUGACGGCAUUCUCGAUGGUCAAGAACACGAAGUACAUUUUCGGGCUCAACGGGGGCAAGACGUCGGACGCGUAUAAUACAUAUGGCUUUGUGAACGGGCUUCGAUUCUUCAGUAUGUUCUGGAUCAUCUUGGGCCACACGUACGGAUAUGGACUUGAAAGUUCGUCCAGAGUUUUCAACGUCAUGCACUAUUUUCAGCAUUGGCACACAGUAAUUGUGACCUUCGGAUACCAGGCCGUUGAUACAUUCUUCUUCUUCAGUGGCUUUUUUCUUUACUUCAAGUUGGAUAAGGAGAACGGAAACAGAAUCAUCGUUUCAAUAAUCGCCAUCUUACGAUGGUUCAUCAGGGUUACCAUUCCAACAUUCUUCAUGAUUAUGUGCAUGUAUCUUCUACCACUGGUGGCCUCUGGCCCGAACUCCAAAGAAUAUUACAAUACCUUUUAUGAAGAGAUUCGAGACCACUGGUGGGAUUUGCUAUUGCAAGUUAGAAACUGGAGGGAUGACUUCGUCAUUCCAAUCCUGCAUCAUGUCUGGUACAUUUCCGCGAAUUUCCAGCUAUUCAUCGCCGGAGUCCUAGUUAUACAGUCUUUCAAAACGAAGAAGUGGCUUGUUUGCUGGAUAUUCGGAGCGUUGUCCUUGGCAUCUUGCGCGAUUUCUGCAUGGCAGAUAUACGGAACGGACAUCCCACCCUUCUUGAUUGCCUUAAACACGUCUUACAGGAAAUUCCUGGAGACGGUGAAUAAAUACUACUCGCUACCUUUCUACCACGGCGUGUGCUUCUUCUCCGGCUGCGUGACGUUCCUGGCUGUGCAGAAGUACGGCGCAAGAAGAUUACCCGGGGUCCUCCAGGCAAUCUUCUGGUGCACAGCGCUAUUCUGCGGCCUCUUCUGUCUCUUUGUGAAACACCUGUGGUACCGAAGUGACGGCCGAGCCAGCGAGCCAACACGCAUGGCGUACGCCUUCAUCGACCGGAUUCUGUGGUCCGUGUGUGUCUCCUGGUUCGUGUUUGCUUGCGCCACCUGCAAAGCAGGUCCGCUAAGCCGGCUCCUCUCGUGGGAAGGCAUGAUCCCUCUGGGCCGACUCUCGUUCGGCGUGUACCUUUUGCACGUGCCCAUACAAACACUGUCCUACAACAUCGCCCGGGAGCGAAGGUUCUAUUCGCACUAUACACUGGUGUCGUCAUGCUUCGCUGUGCUAAUCUGGAGCUACAUCCUGAGCUACCUAAUGUUCGUCGCGUGCGAAGGUCCCACUGCCAACUUGGAAGCGUUGCUCUUUCGGCGUCGCCGACCCGAACGGAGCGAUUGCAAGGGCUCGAACAUGAAUGGAAACCGAGCGGAAGAUGGGAAAAUGCAGAUGUGUUUCGAGAACGAAGUUGCGUAUUCUCCAACACUGGACUCCACGUCCGUAGCAAAGGGGUACCGGCUUUAACGGCAGUUCAUGUCGGACCACUACAACUACAAUCAUGUUGCCGUAAUUAAACUUUAAAAAUACUCACGUUGUAAUCUCA